AUGCAAUGAGAUGCAAACCGUGUUUUGCUUCUUGGGCAUUUCAAAUCCUAAUCUGAUUUGGGCACCAGAGAGAAGCAGAGCGGGGAGAGGAGCACCCAUUUCUUAACUCUCCCCUCCUCCCCCCGAGCCACAGGAAAAACACACACACACACACACACACACACACACACACACGCUGAGGAAAAGCAGCAUGCAAGACUAGGCCGCAAGUCAUUAGUUCUUGCUGGGCAAGCAGUGACAAAGGACUGAGGGAGAAGCCUGCAUGGGUGCCUGGAGAGCAUCCACAGGAAUUGGAGCCGAGCAGGAGGCUCUCCUUUAACCUGAUUUUUUUUUUUUUUUCCUGUGUGGGGAAGGAAGUAGCUCCUGUCAGAGCCGAGUCGGCCUAGACAGCAGCCAGUGGAGCAGCCGCACUUCCUUGUGCGGAUGAUCUGAUUGAGUGUUUUGGAUGCGAGCAGAAGCCGCGGGCGGUCCGGUCCGCGACGCCUUCCCCCGCCGCAGCAGCAUCUGCAGUCGGCGGCGUCUAGACGAGAGAGAAGAAGAAGAUAGAAGCCCGCGAUCAGACGAAAAGUGACGCUAGCGUGCGCGCGCGCGCGUGUGUGUGUCUAACAUCCUCACAAUGCCGCCUGCGCCUCGGAGAGGGUCGCUGCGGAGCGGGAGAGCCGCGCUCUUGGUCUCACAUGGAAGGAGGAUCCGACGCGAUUAAAUCAAAAGCGGCUGCCUUCUUCGGCUAGAAGAGCCAAAGACAGCCGCUCCGCUGUUUGUGUUCAGGUUGCUUGGACUGCAGCGCUUCUCCUUUCGGACGGAGCAGCACAAAGACGCCGAACCGACGGAGGACAACGGCGGCGUUAGAAUCCAGAGGAAUGCCGAAGUAAAAGUUGCCCUACUGACUCCGCACUGUUUCCAGGUCAUAGUGGAGUGGGCGGAGACUGAGCUACUCUCCUUUUUACAACCAAACGGCCUCUUUUUUUUUUUUUUUACUGCUAAAACGCUCUGUGUCCCGCUGGCAGCGGUCCUUGUUUAGCCUGCUGCCUCCCUCCCACUAGUUCGCCUCAUAUUUAGCUCGAACUAGUUCCUAAAUGAAGACAGAGGGCAGCUGAGGAGGUAAAAGCAAGCCGGGUCAGAGGGGGGGAGGAGAACCCACACCGCCGUCCGGACUCUGGGCUUUUAUGAGCGCAUCCAGAAACCUCGGCUGCCUGGCCCCGUUUUCUUCCGCGCUGCCUCGGUAACCAAGCGAUGGCCAUGGUGAGUGGGGGCUGGGGAGAUCCCAACGGGGGCACCAACGGGCUGGGGGACAAGGGCUACCUGCGGGGGGAGGAGGAGGACGGCUCUCCGCAAGCAGGGGGCAGCGACAUGGAGGCCGGGGACGAGGACAAGGCCUGCGUGGUGGACUGCGUGGUGUGCGGGGACAAGUCCAGCGGCAAACACUACGGCGUGUUCACCUGCGAGGGUUGCAAGAGUUUCUUCAAGAGGAGCGUCAGGCGCAACCUCAGCUACACAUGCAGGUCCAACAGGGAGUGUCAGAUUGACCAGCACCACAGGAACCAGUGCCAGUACUGCCGUCUGAAGAAGUGCUUCCGUGUCGGCAUGAGAAAAGAAGCAGUUCAACGCGGGCGGAUCCCACCUCAGCCGAGCCUCAGUCCCUCCAUCACGCCCAUCGGCGGCGGCAGUGGCAUCGGCGGCGGCGAGUUCUACAGUACCAACAACGGAGGAGGCGGCGGCGGGGGCCAGCCGGUGUCGGAGCUCAUAUCCCAGCUGUUACGAGCCGAGCCGUACCCCAACAGUCGCUAUGGGCACCAGUACAACCAGCAGGCCGGGCCGGACAAUGCCAUGGGCAUAGAUAACAUCUGUGAGCUGGCCGCCCGCUUGCUUUUCAGCACCGUGGAGUGGGCCAGAAACAUCCCAUAUUUCCCCGAGCUGCCUGUGUCAGACCAGGUGGCGCUGCUGAGGCUGAGCUGGAGCGAGCUUUUCAUCCUCAACGCGGCUCAGUCGUCUCUGCCGCUGCACAUGGCGCCCCUGCUGGCUGCAGCGGGCUUCCACUCUUCGCCCAUGUCCGCCGAGCGCGUGGUGUCCUUCAUGGACCAGGUGAGGAUGUUCCAGGACCAGGUGGAGAAGCUGAUGAGGCUGCAGGUGGACUCCGCCGAGUACAGCUGCCUCAAGGCCAUCGCACUGUUCUCACCAGAUGCCUGCGGUCUAACGGACCCGGUCCACGUGGAGUCCCUGCAGGAGAAGGCUCAGGUGGCUCUGACAGAGUACGAGCGCAUGCAGUACCCGAGUCAGCCUCAGCGCUUCGGCCGCCUGCUCCUGCGCCUGCCCGCCCUGCGCGCCGUCCCGGCCAACCUCAUCUCGCAGCUCUUUUUCAUGCGCCUGGUCGGAAAGACCCCCAUCGAGACGCUGAUCCGCGACAUGCAGCUCUCCGGAAGCUCCAUCAGCUGGCCGUAUGUCCCGGGACAGUAGCUCCGUGACGGGCGAGGUCUCCGUCUGGGAUUAGUGACGACACGGACCCGCAGGAAACCUCCUGACUCAUCACUAUCCAUCUGUGUGGUUGUGGCGUUGCAGUGCCAGCUGGCUGUCAUACGUGCUGUACUGUAACCGCUCAAUUCCCCCUCAUGAAACAGGCUCUGGCCCCCCUACUCCGGCCCCUGGAGAAGAGAGCAGCCCGUGCCAGGCUGGGGCCCUCUGUUUGCCAACCCGGUCCCUCUUGUGCCAGAAAGCAGCUCCUCAUGCUGGGCUCCAGUAUGGCCAUCACAGCCUGCAUGUCAUGUUGACUAAACUCAGCCUCAUGUAGAGGGCAGCAGCACCCUGCUACAGUUCCAUGUAGAGGACAAAAGUGUCCCGUCACCGAGCGCCAGUGGAAGCAUUUUUCCUCCACACUCCAUACUGUGUAUCACGGCAGGAUUGGGUUUAACUGAAGCAGACCGGAGCUGCUUCAACUCGUGAAUUCACUGGGUUCUGCCUCAGCGCCGCAAAGGAAGGAACCAGAUGGAAUAAGACUAAGGAAAAUCACCAAAGUUUAUCAUGUCAUCCUCAGAUUGUUGUUAAAAUGAACCGAUAAGACACGAGUGGGAGGAGCAGAGAAGCGAGUGGGGGGGGGGCACAGUGCUCUGAAGCUGACUGACUGGCCUCACUGCUGCUCCACUUUAAGAAUACUAAAAAACUGACGGCUCCAAUGGGAACAGACUAAUACCUCAUGAGACAUCAGAAUGCUUUAGCCCGAUGUUCCCUCAACGGGAACCUCUAAGAUUUGUUCACCAGGAACCGCCUUCUUUUUGACAACUGCCUUGUUAUCAAGGACGAUGAAUUUGGGGCUCCGUGUGGCCUAGGAGCUUAUUGUCUUGUACCCGUUGUCCUUUUUGAAAAUUCGUUUUGAAAGUCCCUGUAUGGUUUACUCUGCUUUGUUUGGAUAUGUGUUUUUUAUUUAGUUUUUUUUUUUUUUUUCUUAAAUGAGAUAUUCGAGGCCGACAUGGAAACUGGAUCUAAUCGUGUCAAAUGAAUAAUAAUUAGGAGAUCAAAGAUUUUACCUGUGAUUAAAAGCCAGUUUACGUCCCUUCAAUAACUGCUUUGCAAAAGUAUUCACGACACUUGAUGUUUUUCAUACUAAAUGUGUUUUGUUGGAGCUUUCUGUGAUGGAUCAAUGAAGUGGAAGAAAAGAGAGACGGCGUCUUCACAUGUGAAAUAAAGAUUCCAGCUGGGAUGUCUCUCCUAGCUUUGCACAUCUAGAAUCAACAUUUUAGCCCAUUCAUCUUUGCCAACUUGCUCAUGCUCAGCUGCGUCGGCUUGUUCUACUGCUAAAGGUUCUCGCUUAGACCCGGGUGUGGGCGUUGGCGCUGAAGGCUGCUGCCUGACUCUGGGCCAUUCUAACACACAGGUCUCAGAUGUAUAAUUAGGGUCAUCACCUUCCCGGUGUUGACCUGUAUGUUGCUCCGUCCACCUUCCUAUUGACUCUCACCAUUGUCCCUCAGCCUGAUGCAGCCACUACCAUGUUUCAUGGUGGAGAUCUAUGCUUGGACCCCACAAAGGUAUUUUUAUUUUUUGGUUUCCUUUCUUCCCACUGUUCAAUAAAAGCCAGAUAUGAGUUAAACGGUGAGACCUUAGAGCAUGGGGUAUUGUUUUCUAACUCCUCACCUGUCUGCUGUGUUCCUUGGCCUCCAUGAAGCUAUUUGCAUUCUGGAUUUCUCUAACAAACCCUCUGAGGCCAGAAAUGGAACGGCCCCAGUUAUACCGGGAUUAGAUCCCACACAGGUGGACUCGAAUCAGGUCACUUCUGAGGGUUGGGAUGGAUUUUUUUUAAUUCAGGUGUAUCAGAGUUAAGGGGCUGGUAGGAAAUGCAUGACCCACUUCUCAGAUUUUCA